AUGAAGAUCGAGGAAGUGAAAAGUACCACAAAGACCCAGCGCAUCGCGUCCCAUAGCCAUGUUAAGGGGCUCGGGCUGGAUGAGGCCGGUAACGCAAAGCAGUCCGCGUCCGGUUUAGUGGGGCAGGAGGCCGCCAGAGAGGCAUGUGGAAUCAUUGUGGAAUUGAUCCGCUCAAAGAAGAUGGCUGGGAGGGCUGUGUUAUUGGCUGGACCUCCAGGAACUGGGAAGACAGCCCUGGCACUGGCCAUGGCCCAGGAGCUUGGCAAUAAGGUGCCAUUCUGCCCCAUGGUGGGCAGUGAAGUCUACUCCUCUGAGAUCAAGAAGACCGAGGUGCUGAUGGAGAACUUCCGCAGGGCCAUCGGACUGCGUAUCAAGGAGACGAAGGAGGUGUACGAGGGCGAGGUGACGGAGCUUACGCCCUGCGAGACGGAGAACCCCAUGGGCGGCUACGGCAAGACCAUCAGUCACGUCAUCAUCGGCCUGAAGACCGCCAAGGGCACCAAGCAGCUGAAGCUGGAUCCCAGUAUCUACGAAAGCCUGCAGAAGGAGCGUGUGGAGGUGGGUGAUGUCAUCUACAUCGAGGCCAACAGCGGAGCCGUCAAGAGACAAGGCCGCUGUGACACCUUCGCCACCGAGUUCGACCUGGAGGCCGAGGAGUACGUGCCGCUGCCCAAGGGGGACGUCCACAAAAAGAAGGAGAUCAUCCAGGACGUCACGCUGCACGACCUGGACGUGGCCAACGCUCGGCCCCAGGGAGGUCAGGAUAUCCUGUCGAUGAUGGGACAGCUGAUGAAACCCAAGAAGACUGAGAUCACAGACAAACUGCGGGCGGAGAUCAACAAGGUGGUGAACCGCUACAUCGACCAGGGCGUGGCCGAGCUGGUGCCGGGCGUGCUCUUCGUGGACGAGGUGCACAUGCUGGACAUCGAGUGCUUCACCUACCUGCACCGGGCCCUGGAGAGUUCCAUCGCCCCCAUCGUGGUGUUCGCCUCCAACCGAGGAAACUGCCUCAUCAGAGGGACAGAGGACAUCUCCUCCCCCCAUGGCAUUCCCCUGGACUUGCUGGACAGAGUGAUGAUCAUUCGCACCAUGCUCUACACACCCCAGGAGAUGAAACAGAUCAUUAAGAUUCGGGCUCAGACAGAAGGGAUCAGCAUCAGUGAAGAGGCUCUUAGUCACCUGGGAGAGAUCGGCACCAAGACCACACUCAGGUAUGCGGUUCAGCUGCUGACCCCGGCCAGCCUGCUCGGCCGAGUCCAGGGUAAGGACAGUGUGGAGCGGGAGCAGGUGGAGGAGAUCAAUGAGCUCUUCUACGACGCCAAGUCCUCCGCGAAGAUCCUACAGGAUCAACACGACAAGUUCAUGAAGUGACAGGCCCUCUGAUGCCUCCAUCAUUCAUACCUCCUCCACCCCCCCCCGUCAGCCCCUUCUCCCCUGUAUGUUGUCAUCUCUCAAUCCAUCCUUCUGUCUGCUUCUUCAGCCUGCUCCCUCCAUUACUCAUCUCUUGUAGUU